GGUCGAUGUAGCCUUCUUCCGUCCAGCGCCAAACUUCCAGUAGCAUUGGCCGCCUUUUCUUCCCGGUCAACAACGUCUUCUCAUAUGACUUCAUCUGCAGCGAAUUCGAGAUGCACCGAUACACGGCCAAAUACCCCACGAAUCACGCACCAGCUUCCGGCCCUUUGAGGUCGGUCCAACUUGUAAACUUCAGCAUGCGAACCUGAAAUGCCGCUGAUCUUAUCUCGUUCCUGCGCCUACCGUGCAUCUCCCGCCUCGGCUUAAUGCCAAAACCCACCACAAUCGAGCCGGCAUCCGAUGCGCACAACAUGGCGCUGGGUCGCAAUGCUCAACAACACAGCGGAUGGGUGUCGUUCGGCUACGGCGUCACCAAGGGACUACCGCAUCUUUUCUAUCAAACCGGAUUCUAGCAUCGUCAUCUGAUGUACUAGACUAUGUUGAGCUUAGUUCUGUGUUCAGAUAAAUCCGGCUUGUAUGAGGUGAGUUCUGGUUAUUGUAUGCGGUAUACCCUCAAAAGCAGACGGCGGAAGGGCAAAGGGAGGCUGGAUGCGGCCUAGCUACGCCAACUGGGAUAGUCAAGCUAUUCUUAGCAGGUACCCGUCCAUUGGAAAAUAUCUGAGGUACGUAUGACACCAUAGACCGAGUGGAAACAAACUACAGAUAUAAGGAGUUUCCUAAUGCCUGGUUCCUGCGUCUUUCUCCCAUCGUGGCUGCAUCCGCGACUUGUCAACUGUCCUUUGUGAUUUCACAGCAAAGGAUCGCAUCAUGAGGCCGCUCUCCGUCCUGUUGGCCGUGUCUGCAGCGGCAGGUUUGGGACACGCCGAGACCUUGAAGCCGCAGACACUUCUUCAGGAUAUCGUCACGUUCGAUAACUCUUCGCUAUUUAUCAAAGGUGAGCGGUUGAUGAUCUUCAGCGGCGAGGUCCAUCCUUUUCGCUUGCCUGUUCCGUCACUAUGGCUGGAUAUCUUCCAGAAGGUCAAGGCUCUCGGCCUCAAUACCGUCUCAUUCUAUCUCGACUGGGCAUUACUGGAGGGAGAACCGGGAAUCUUCCGUGGUGAAGGUAUCUUUGACUAUUCGGCAUUUUUCGAGGCGGCCAAGGAGGCGGGCAUGUACCUAAUCGCGAGACCUGGACCUUACAUCAAUGCCGAGGCGUCUGGAGGCGGCUUUCCAGGCUGGCUCCAAAGAAUCAAAGGACACUUGAGGACUGCAGACCCAGAGUACCUCGCUGCUACCGACAACUACGUCGCGAACGUCGACAAGCUCAUAGCCAAGUACCAGAUAACCAACGGUGGCCCCAUCAUCUUGUACCAACCCGAGAACGAGUAUACCGGUGCCGCUUCAGGCGUUAAAUUUCCGGAUCCUGACUACAUGCAAUAUGUGAUUGAUCAGGCGCGAAACGCCGGUAUUGUGCUCCCUAUGAUGAGCAACGAUGCUUCAUGGACUGGGGGUCACAAUCUACCUGGCUCGGGAAAAGGCGAGGUUGAUAUUUACGGGCACGAUGGCUAUCCCUUGGGUUUCGACUGCAAAAAUCCCACAACAUGGCCUUUGGGUAACUUGAUUACGCAGUACCGUGCCCAGCACCUGAAAUUUAGCCCUUCUACUCCAUACACCGUACCAGAGUUUCAGGGAGGCAGUUUUGACCCAUGGGGUGGAUAUGGCUUUGACCAGUGCGAGCAACUCAUUAACCAUGAGCAAGUCCGUGUCUUCUACAAGAACAUGUUUGCUUCUGGCGUUACCAUCUUUAACCUAUAUAUGAUUUUCGGAGGCACCAACUGGGGUAACCUGGGGCAUCCGGGAGGCUACACCUCAUACGACUAUGCUGCUGCCAUAGCUGAGGAUCGUACCGUUUCUCGCGAGAAGUAUUCGGAGUUGAAACUGGAAGCCAACUUCCUAAAGGUUUCACCUGGAUACCUCACAGCUACACCUGACACUAGCAAUAGAACGGGCAUCUACAGCCCGAACACGGACAUCACUGUAACUGCUCUAGUCAACUAUACCCCGGAGGGAGGCUCGUUCUACGUUGUUCGCCACACCGACUAUCAGACUCUUGCUUCAACCCCUUACACCCUCUCGCUGCCAACCUCGGCUGGAAAUUUGAGUAUCCCCAUUCUGGGCGGUUUCCUCACUUUGAGCAGACGAGACAGCAAAAUACACGUCGCGGAUUAUUCUGUCGAUGACCACAAAUUGAUCUACUCGACAGCCGAGAUCUUUACUUGGAAGAAGUUCAGCGAUAGAACGGUGUUAGUGGUGUAUGGUGGUGAAGGAGAAACGCACGAGCUUGCAAUUGCCGAUGAAGUCAAGUGGACAUCAACAGGCCCGCCGGUGCAGGUGAAAACGGUCAAGAAGGAUGACAAGAAAUCGUUCACUGUUGUACAGUGGAAGACGAACUCCGAAAGGAGGAUCUUCAAGGCAGGAAAUCUGCAUAUCUACAUUUUGGAUCGCAACACUGCAUACCACUACUGGGCACCCCAGAUCGCCAAUUCAUUGUCCUCUUUGAUUGUAAAUGGUGGAUACCUCAUCAGAUCGGCUUCCAUCAAUGGCACUUCUUUGUCACUCCAAGCCGACUUCAACACCACAACCACACUCGAAGUGAUCGGCGUGCCCCUUGGUGUUUCCGAGCUCCAAAUCAACGGGGAGACCACCGAGUACCGAGUAGACUCCGAGGGCAACUACAUCGUUGAAAUCGACCACGAGGCCCCAUCCUUUUCCUUGCCCGACCUUUCCACGGCCAAAUGGUACUACAUCGACUCCCUCCCCGAGAUCCAACCCGACUAUGACGACUCAGCCUGGCCCUCGGCCAACCUCAAAUCCACCAACAACACCUACGUCGGGCCGCUCAAGACCCCCGUCUCCCUCUACGCCUCUGAUUAUGGCUUCCACACCGGCGCCCUGCUCUUUCGCGGCCACUUCACUGCCACGGGCGCUGAAACUAAGCUGUUCAUCUCCACGAUAGGUGGCAGCGCCUUUGGCUCCUCCGUCUGGCUCAACUCCUCUUUUGUGGGCAGCUGGCCCGGUAGCGGCGCGGCUUCGGUGCACAACGACACGUACGACCUUCCCUCCCCGCUCGUCGCAGGGCAGCACUACGUUUUCACUGUGUUGAUCGACAAUAUGGGUCUGGACGAGGACUGGACAGUUGGCGAUGACAGCAUGAAGUUUCCGCGGGGCAUUCUGGACUAUUCCCUUACUUCUAAUACCAACACCACUUUGCCCAAAUCCAGCAUAACCUGGAAACUCACCGGCAACUUGGGCGGCGAGCAAUACCGCGAUAAAGCCCGGGGUCCUCUAAACGAAGGCGGUCUUUUCAUUGAACGACAAGGUUACCACCUGCCCUCCCCUCCUAGUUCCUCCUUCUCCUCUUCCAAUGCCUCGACCCCCUUCACAGGCCUCUCCUCAUCAGGCGUAGCCUUCUACACCACCUCUUUCCUCCUCUCCAUCCCUUCCUCGCAGUAUGAUAUUCCCCUCCGCUUGGUUUUUGACAACUCCACCUCUUUGGAGUCAGGACAGGAAUACAGAGCCUGGCUCUAUGUCAAUGGUUUCCAGUACGGACGGUACGUAGGCCACAUCGGUCCACAGAGUAGUUUCCCUGUUCCUGAGGGGAUAUUGAAUUAUCAAGGAGAGAAUUGGGUGGGCUUGGCGGUUUGGGCUACGGGGAAGAAGGGCGCACAGGUGCCGGGGUUGAGGGUGGAGGCGGGGACGCCGGUGAGGACGGGGAGAAAGGAGGUGGAGGUUGUGAAUGCGGGAGGGUGGAAAAAGAGGACAGGUGCUUACUGAGGUGGUGAGGUAUCUGUUAAGGUUACGUGUGAUGAUUAUUAUCUAUCGGCUUUUAGUAUCCCAUUUGGCGAUGGGCGAGGUGAUUGGUCCUCGUUCUUGAGACGUAGAUCGGUUAACGUAUUUCAGUACAAUGAAUCUUGUGUAUUGAGAAGCCAAUGUGCUCUACAUUCUCUAAACACAUAUCUACCGCA